CCCCGCGGGGCCACGGACGGCGCCGGAAAUCCUCUGAAAGACAGCAUAGCAAUUAGGAUAAAUAGAAGAAUUCAAAGAUGCUUCCAUCACCAGCGCGCCAUAGCAGGUGCAGGAGAGAGGGAGGCUAUGGAUGAGGUGACGUUUCGGAGCGACACUGUUUUGUCUGAUGUCCACAUGCACACGCCCAGCAAACGGCAUCUUAUGGUGAGACUGAACACCGUCGGCCAGCCAGUGUUUCUCUCACAGUUCAAUCUCCUUCUGGACAAAAGUUGCUGCGAUCUUGGGGAAAAAGAGACAGACUUUAAAAAAGAAAACAUUAAGUGCCGGCAGACGUAUGGAAAAGAGUUGGAGAAGGAGGAUAACCCGAAUGACUCUGCCAAGGAAAGAAAGGCUUCUGAAGGGAUCGAAGCUCUGUUGGACGAAGACGGGGAUUUGGAACUUGUCCGAAAGCCUCAGUUGCCCGAUGAAGAAGCCGAGAAUCUCUCCAGGAACAAAGUAUGUCCCAUCAUUUUGACAAAAGGCAGCGACAUCUUGGAAGAGGAAGAACAUAAAGACAGCAGCAACUGUGAAGUUAUUAGAAUAGAGCACACCAUGGCAACCCCUUUGGAAGAUGCUGGCAAACAGGUCUGGAGAGGGGCGUUCCUGCUCGUGGACUACAUCCUCUCGGAGCGAGACCUGUUCAAAGACUGCACGGUGCUGGAGCUCGGGGGAGGCACAGGGAUCGUCAGUAUUGCCAUGGCAACGGCCGCCAAGACUGUUUACUGCACGGAUGUCGGCGAAGAUCUUCUGGACAUGUGCGAACGCAACGUCGCUUUAAACAAACACCUCUGCGAGCCAGCCGGAAGUGAAGUUAAGGUCAGGAUGUUGGACUGGCUGCAAGAUGAGCUUUGCACUGAUCCUGAUAUUUCCCACAGCUGGUCUGACGAAGAGAUCGCGGAGCUGCAUGACCUCACCACUGUGAUUUUAGCUGCUGAUGUAUUUUACGAUGAUGAUCUAACAGACGCUUUCUUCCGAACGCUGUACCGAAUCACCCACAACUUGAAAAACCCCUGCACUGUCUACCUGUCGAUAGAGAAGAGGCUCAACUUCACCUUAAGACGCAUGGACGUUGCAUGUGAAGCGUACAGUCACUUUAGAAGCACCCUAAAUGACCUGGUGAACCUCAGAGACGGCAAAGUGAGAUACAUCAUCGAGCCUCUUGGCCUCUCCUUCCCUCAGUGUAUUGUUUACGAGCGAGUCGAGCAGCUGGAGUUGUGGAAGAUUACUGCAGUUCGGACCUCUGAAAAGAGCAGCACUCUGGAAAAACAGAAAUAGAAGCCAAAACUUUUCUACAUUUGUUUAUAGAAUAAUUUCCUUGGAGGUUUUUGCUAAAAAAAACAUCCUCUGUGUCAAACCGGGAACUAAAUUGGUCUGGGGUGUGUGCUUAACAGCUGAUUAAAUAUACCCAUGGAAGCAAA